CUCCUUUAAUUAAGAGCUCGGAGAUUGAGCAAAAUAGAGAGAGAUUCGAGGAGGGGCGCCCCUUCACCGUAAGCUAAUUACCUGCUCUGUUUCUUUCUUGCUUUCAGCUAUGAAGCGGUUCAAUUCCUCAGAUCCCCUGGCUGCUUUCAUCUCCAUUUCUUCUUCAAAAGAAGAGAGGACUGAAAAGACCAAUCAAGGCUACAGUAGAGGUUUUCAAUCAAUGCUGGAUAGUCUUGAAGAAGAAGACUACUCUGAAGCAGCCAGCCAUGUAGGUGAGAAGAAACGAAGGUUGAACUUGCAUCAAGUUAAGGCCCUGGAGAAGAAUUUUGAGGUAGAAAACAAGCUUGAGCCAGAGAAAAAGCUGAAACUAGCUGGAGAAUUAGGCAUGCAGCCACGACAAGUAGCUAUUUGGUUCCAAAACCGUCGUGCCCGUUGGAAGACCAAGCAAUUGGAGAGAGAUUAUGGCAUUCUUAAGGCCAAUUAUGAAGCUUUAAAACUUGAUUACAGUAAUCUUGAACAGAAGAAUGAAGUCUUGGCACAAAAGGUAAAAGAAUUGAAAGCGAAGUUGAGUGAAGAAAACGUUGAUAGCAGCCACUCUGUUAAAGAAGAGCACCGCGUUUCAGAGUCAGACAACAACGCCUCAGUGCACUGUAAGAACCGUGAUUUCAGUGGAAACAACAAUCCAAGUGCAAUCACCAAAGACCACAGCAAUAUUUCCUCUUCGCAUGAACUGAUGAACUUGUUUCAGUUAUCUGAUUCAAGAGUUAUUUUGGGGAAUAUAUAUCAAGUAUAUCAACCUCAUCUUAUGAAACCGGAAGAGCAGAGUUUGUUUAGCACUGAGGAAUCAUGCAAUUUCUUUUCAGUUGAUCAAGCCCCCACUCUUCAUCGCUAUUUUCCUGAGCACUAGAGUUGGUGUAGUUUUAAAAAGGUUCAAGUCUGCUUUUGCAAAUUCUCAUUGUUUUUUAGGACUUCACUUUAUGUUCUCUUAAUGCGAAAAAACACAAGCUAAACACCUGCAAUCAUGGCGGGAACAGUGAGGCUCUACCACUGGAUUUGGUGUGAAUAACCAUCUCACAGCAACCAAUGCUAUUGGAGUUGCCAGGUCUUCAUCUGUCAGAAUCAGCCAAAGCAAUUUAAAUCGCUAAUAAGUAAACUCUUGAUUUAGCUGUUA